UAUCGCGAGACCACAAUUUCUCUUCGCCGCUCGCGCCGGCCGCCUACCUAAAGCGAAGAAGAAGCGGAAGAGCGGCAGGGCUGCACCACGCCGACCGCCGGCGGAAGACAGACUGAUAAGGAGGCUCAGAAAAUACAGCGUGUCACAAUGGCAGCAGAUUCAAUGGAAAUAGAUGAUGCUUUGUACAGUCGACAGAGAUAUGUACUCGGAGACAGAGCAAUGCAGAAGAUGGCUCAGUCCCAUGUGUUCCUGAGUGGAAUGGGAGGACUUGGAGUCGAAAUUGCUAAGAACAUAGUCCUUGCAGGAAUAAAGACUCUCACCAUCCAUGAUACGAAGCAGUGCAAGGCAUGGGAUUUGGGAACAAACUUUUUUGUUCAUGAAGAUGAUAUUCUCAAUCUGAGAAACAGAGCGGAGGCAACACAUCAUCGCAUUGCAGAACUGAACCCGUAUGUGCAAGUAAUGUCGUCAACUGCUCCACUAAAUGAAGUUACAGACAUCUCUUUCCUCAGACAGUACCAGUGUGUUAUAGUAACUGAGAUGAAGCUAUCUUUGCAGAAGAAGAUUAAUGACUUUUGCCAUGCACAACACCCACCUAUUAAGUUCAUUAGUGCAGAUGUGUAUGGAAUGUGGGCACGUCUCUUUUGUGACUUUGGUGAUGAAUUUGAAGUGCUGGACACUACAGGAGAGGAACCAAAGGAAAUCUUCAUUUCAAACAUCUCUCAGUCCAAUCCUGGUAUUGUCACUUGCCUUGACAAUAAUCCUCAUAAGCUUGAAACGGGACAGUUCGUAACUUUCCGGGAAGUUAAUGGAAUGUCAUGCUUAAAUGGAUCCACACAUCAGAUAACUGUGAUAUCACCUUAUUCUUUUAGCAUUGGAGAUACUACAGAUACAGACCCAUACUUACAUGGUGGCAUAGCUAUCCAAGUAAAGACACCUAAAAUAUUUCACUUUGAACAGCUGGGGAAGCAGUUGAUCAACCCGAAAUGUCUUGUUGCAGACUUCAGCAAACCUGAGGCACCUCUACAGAUUCACAUUGCAAUGCUGGCCUUGAAUGAGUUUCAGGAGAAUGUUGGUCGUAUGCCAAACAUUGGGUGUCUUCAGGAUGCAGCAGAGAUGGUGAAGAUAGCAUUGUCUUUAAGCAAAACACUGGAAGGCAAACCUCAAGUUAAUGAAGACAUGGUGAAAUGGCUGUCAAAGAUGGCUCAAGGAUCUUUAGCAUGUCUCACGGCAGCACUUGGUGGCGUUGCCAGCCAGGAAGUCCUGAAAGCUGUAACGGGAAAGUUUUCUCCCCUGCAACAGUGGCUUUACAUUGAUGCAUUAGAAUUCGUCCCAUGUCUCGAAAAAGCUAAUGGUGAAGAAUUUCUUCCAAGGGGAGAUAGAUAUGAUGCCUUGAGAGCCUGCAUUGGAGACUCCUUGUGCCAGAAGUUGCAAAAUUUGAAUGUGUUCUUAGUUGGUUGUGGUGCAAUUGGUUGUGAAAUGUUGAAAAACUUUGCACUUCUUGGUGUGGGCACUGGCCAAGAAAGGGGCAUGGUCACAAUUACAGAUCCAGAUUUAAUAGAAAAAUCCAACUUAAAUAGGCAGUUCCUUUUUCGUCCACAUCAUAUACAGAAGCCCAAAAGUUACACGGCUGCAGCUGCAACCCUUAACAUCAACCCUCAGAUGAAGAUAGAUUCGUAUCUUAACAAAGUGUGUCCUGCUACUGAAAAUAUAUACAAUGAUGAUUUCUACACCAAGCAAGAUGUUGUUGUAACUGCUCUAGACAAUGUGGAAGCAAGAAGAUACAUUGACAGCCGCUGCGUAGCAAACCUGCGCCCUCUCUUAGACUCAGGAACUAUGGGAACUAAAGGGCAUACUGAAGUCAUUCUGCCUCAUCUAACAGAAUCGUAUAACAGUCAUCGAGAUCCACCUGAAGAGGAAAUACCGUUUUGUACAUUAAAGUCAUUCCCAGCUGCCACAGAACAUACAAUACAAUGGGCAAGAGACAAGUUUGAAAGUUCUUUUUCACACAAGCCUUCCUUGUUUAACAAAUUUUGGCGGACCUAUUCAUCAGCAGAAGAGGUAUUACAGAGAAUAAAGUCUGGAGAGAGUUUGGAAGGCUCUUUCCAGGUGAUCAAGUGUCUCAGUAGAAGACCAAGAAGCUGGCCACAGUGUGUUGAAUUAGCAAGACUAAAAUUUGAAAAAUAUUUCAAUCAUAAGGCUCUCCAGUUACUUCAUUCAUUUCCCAUUGAUACACGUUUGAAAGAUGGCAGUUUGUUUUGGCAAUCACCAAAGAGGCCACCUUUUCCAAUACAAUUUGAUUUUAAUGACCCUUUGCAUUAUAGCUUUAUGCUGAGUACAGCAAAAUUAUUUGCAACCAUUUACUGUGUCCCUUUUACAGAAAAGGAUAUGUCAGAAGAAACAAUUUUAAAGAUAAUUUCUGAGCUGAAGAUUCAAGAGUUUCGACCUUCCAACAAGGUUGUGCAAACAGAUGAAACAGUGAGGAAACCAGAUCCUAUUCCAGUCAGUAGUGAGGAUGAAAGGAACGCUGUUACUCAGUUGGAGACUGCCAUUUUCGCCAACGAAGCUACAAAGGAUGACUUACAAAUGAAAGAGCUUUCUUUUGAGAAGGAUGAUGACAGUAAUGGUCACAUAGACUUCAUAACAGCAGCUUCCAAUUUGAGAGCCAGAAUGUACAAUAUAGAGCCAGCAGACAGACUCAAAACAAAACGGAUCGCUGGAAAGAUCAUUCCAGCCAUUGCAACUUCUACAGCAGCUGUGUCUGGGUUGGUUGCUUUGGAAUUGAUCAAAGUAGUGGGUGGCUACCCUUUCCAAGCCUACAAGAACUGUUUCUUCAACUUGGCUAUUCCAAUCAUUGUCUUCACAGAAACAGCUGAAGUGAGGAAAACAGAAAUAAGAAAUGGAAUAUCAUUUACCAUCUGGGAUAGAUGGACUGUUUUUGGGAAAGAAGAUUUCACAUUGUUGGAUUUCAUCAAUGCUGUCAAAGAAAAAUAUGGAAUUGAGCCAACAAUGGUGGUCCAAGGAGUUAAAAUGCUCUAUGUGCCUGUAAUGCCAGGUCAUGUUAAAAGAUUAAAGUUGACGAUGCAAAAGCUUGUGAAACCGGCAGCAAAUAAGAAAUAUGUGGACCUGACAGUGUCCUUUGCUCCAGAAACGGAUGGUGACGAAGACUUGCCAGGGCCACCUGUUAGAUACUAUUUUGCCCAUGAAGAUAACUGAUGCAUUCAUUGUACUGUUCCAUGUUGUAGCAGGACCACCCACAAAAGGAGUGCAGCGCCAUCCUUUAAAAAUGGUACUAUAUACUUGGCAAAGCCUUAAUUCAGAAACAAAUAAUAGAAGUCCUUUCUGUGGAGCUCUGUAGCAAAUUGGAUUUGCUGUUUACCUGUCUGUAGUAUUUUUGUAGUUACCCAAAUCUAAGUGGGACUUGACAUUUUCUGGAAAGUAUGGGUCUUUUUGAAGAAAACACAUUUCUCUCAACCUCUGCAGGAAAGACCAGAAUAGGAAAUACACAAUCUGCAUUGCAGGAACAAAUCAUUAGAUGAGGUGGCAAAAAAAAAAAGAUACGAAGAAACUGCCAAUUACACCACCAUCAAACUUAAAUCAUCACAGAGUCCAGUGCUAAGUCCAGAGACAGCAUCCUGGUGAUGAUCCAUUGCAAUAAAAUGAUUUAUUAUUGUUUUUGUUCUCUUCUGGAGCAUAUUAGCACAUGAUGCGUGCAGAUGUUGUUGUGGAAAGAUUUACAGUGGAAUGAAGAUUUAUCAAGUUCUGACUUUUCUUUCCACUGAAAAACAACCCCCCCCCCUUUUUUUCUGCUUAUGUCAAAAGCAACACAGCAUGAAGGAAAUGCAAAUUCUAAUGUAGACAUUUUUUCUAAGGACAUGUUUUUUCGAGGAUGCUUUUCCAUGCUGAUCUAGAGAUGAUGGGUAAUUUUUCUUGCGUAUGAAGAGAAUAGCUAACAAAUUUGUCUGAAGUAAAAAUUUUAGUAGACAGACAUCGCCCCUGCUAAAUCCUUCAGGAAACGAAUUGGUAAUGUUUGAUGUAUACCUAUGGGCCUAUAAUACCCACCAAUGGCCAACUUAGCCACUUGAUGGAAGCACGAUGUAUUUGUAAACCUUAAUCAGUCCUAAUUGGAUAAAAUGAAUGGGAUGUGAUUCUAUUUUAACAUCAGAAGGGUUAGAUGAGUAAUGUUGGACAUUAAAUUGGCUUGAAACUGAAACUGAAACUGAAAAGAGAAAAGCAGCUGAGAAACUAUAAAGUUCAAAGAAUGGUUUCUUGCUUACAUUCAUUCUCAUGUUAAAACUGGGCAUUUACUAUGUACCAUUCUUAUGGAGGGCCUUGGAUUUAGACACCUACAUUUAAAUAGUCAUUAUACUGAGAGAGGAAGGAAGAAAUUUCAACUAUAGGCAUUUGUAGGGAACAGGUACAGUACAAAAGUUUUCUUGGUUGCUCUCUAAUGUGCGUAGCCCUGGAUGAAUGAGUUGUUGCCUUUCUUACAUCGCCACCCCAACCCCUUUUCUAAGAAAGUCAAGUCUGCUUCCAACAUUAGCUUUUGGGGGUGAAUAAACACUCCGUAUCUACAGUGUGUUGGAUGGUUGUAAAAUAUUUUGUCAUGACAAAGGUGGUUAAUAUUUUCCCAAACGUUUGUGGUCAUUAUACAGACCAUAACAAGAUUAUGUUUGUUUCCCUGUUUCUGUAGGCACCCAACCACCAAAGAUGUAUUUUUUGUGAGCUGCAGUCCAUCUCUUAAGUUAUUCCAAUAUUUGGGACUAAAUCUUGAAAUGUAGUUACUGUUCCUAAACUUUAUUAUAUUUUAUUAAAUACAGUUUGUUAUAAUUUAGUAGAUUUUAAAAUUGGCUGGGUAGUUUUGUUUAACAUUUUAAAAGAAAUCACAGGGAGGGAGACAUUGACAUCCUCCCUUACUGGCAACUUAUUUCAAAUGGCACUUUGAUUGAGUUGGUUUUAUCGUUUGUUCUUAAUAGCUCUGGCUAAAGGAAACAACUAUGACCACCAAAAGGCUUGGGGAAUGUAAUAAAAAAAGAAUUAUUAUCUUGACCUUCCAGUGGGAUACAGUGAGUUAUUUAUUUUUUACAAUCUGAUCAUCAUGACUUGUGCUAGCAUUUUUUUCUUUAUGACUACUAAUCAGUGUUCAGAAGUAGCAACAAGACUGUCUUUGCAUUUGCAAAACUGCAUUUGAUGUCAUACAUCAGUUGGCUUGAAACUGAAGAACCCUUUCCAGUGAGUCUUCCUCGCAGAUCUUACAAUACCGAAACACGAGAGGGCAGUCUCAACACAAAAGUCUCCCUACAGGUUGUGCACUUAGUUUAUCUUGGGAAUUAUUCUCCUCACCCAUGUGAUUUCAAAGAGUGCUCUCAAGUCAAAGAAAAAUCUAUACAAAAGUUGUACAUACGUCCACAGUUUGUGUUUAUCUCUGAAUUUAUUUCAGUACAUUUUGAAGGACUGGUUUUUAUUUGUGUACACAAAUUAUGGUGUAUAGCCUACAGUUAUGAGAAUGGCUUUUUGUCCUUUUCAUAUUAAAUAAUUUGAAAACAGCAUCAAAA